AUGAAGCGAGUCAAGAACUCCGAGCGAUACAAUAACCCGCUCCCUGUUGGGUUUACGGCCAUGAGUCCAUUGAGCUGGCUGGUUGCAGCAGCUGUGAUGACCUGGCAGUACUGGAAACACAAGCCGCACGUCGACGCGGAGUUUCGCGUGUUUGGACCAGACAUGAAGUUCCUAUGGGACCAUGGAUUUUUUGGCAAGGGAGUGCUUUCGAGGAGCGAGCCUACAUGGCAGGACAGGACCCGGCGCCGGGUUCUGGGGAUCGAAGGACCCAACGCAGACGAAGAGGUGGUUUUGCAACGACGCAAGGCCCGCGCGCUAUUUAAACAAAAACGCAAGCAGCUGGACGAGCUGGAAAAUUUUUAUAAGAGAGAGAACGACAAAAAGGGGCUCGAGGAAGUUGCUUUGAAAAAACGAGAACUGUCUGUGGAGAAGUUCCAGACGGACCGGCUGGUGCGUCCCGAGGACCACGAACUGGUCGUUGGCUCGGACAUUGUCCAGUUGGAGUACUUGCAGCUGAUGCCUGAGGAAGUUUUAUUUUUGCAACUACUUGAUGCGGUGACGUGCGACGUGGACUUUGUGGGUCUGUUCCGGUCGCUGGCGUCGGUUUCGUUCUGCCAGCGGUUCCUGGUGUACUACCACUACCGCACGCUCGGGUGGGUGGUGAAAUCCGGCCUGAAGUUCUCGUGCGACUUCAUUUUGUACGAGCGGGGUCCUGUUUUCCAGCACUCGCAGUACGCAGUCAAGAUCGCCGAGCCCAGCUCGUGGGUCGACGUGUGUUCGACCAGCCGUGUGGUGGGUGCUGUGAAGAAGAAGCUGAUCUUGGUGUAUGUGGAGCCACCGAGCGACUUUGAUGCUCUGGUUGGCCGGCUGACCAGCAAACAGUCUAUAUUCAAGUUUCUGAGCGAGUUCAGCCUGGACGAGGUGUUGAUCAAGCGAUGGUCUGCGAGCCGGGGCCGCGACUAG